UUAUAUCAGUUACUCGAAACACUAAAAUCAUUUAUAUCCGUAGGUAGAAUUUUGUUCGUAACGAGCACGACAGGGAUCCAUCGCUACCUGCAUGUGUGCAGCUUCUGCAUGUGUAAAAGGCAAGCUUCUCCAACGUGAGGUGGAGGGUGGGGGCAGAGGACGGGACGAGGCGGAUGAAUGAAUGAAUCUUAAGACAGUCGUGUAAGAGGGGCAUUCACGAAUCCACCGGGUCCUUUCAGCGACGUUUCUCUCGGUCGAAAAGACCCUGCCUUUCGUUGUUUCAUUCUCGUCCAACGUUUCCACGAUUAUGACCUUUGACCUCGCAAAUUCACGGCUACCGAUCACCGGUUGAAUUUCCUGACCACCUGGCCGCUUUCCUAAGACGUUCCCGAGGCCAGGACAUCAUGGAAGCCACUUUCUUCGGCGAGAGGAAGAUCCUGGCUCGAAUCGAGUCCUUGGACGAUCCGCGUGCCAAAUAGUGCUCAUCGUCGGUUUUUCUUUUUCAAUGUUCAAUCGGUGUGCCGGACUUGUUUCGUGUACGACCCAUGGAGACGAAGAAUUUGUUAGUCGUGGCUGAUGAGUGGAGAUCGGAGGGAAUGGAGGUCCAGUCGAAAAGGAGAUGCCUCUGGCAACCGUGGCUGAACACGGACAAGCCAGGAGAGGAGCGACCAAAAGCAACGAAUCUACACCGGAAGCCUAGCAGCGCGUGGCGCAAGGAGCGUAGGAGGGAUCCGAUUCAGAGCGAGGCACUCGACAUGUCUGCAGCCAGGGUGCAUCACCAUCAUCACAGCAGGCCCAGCGUGAUCGUUCCAACCACGCCACAGCCUGGUACAACGAUCGAGGACACCGCGGUGACACCUACUCCAUCGUUGACACCCUCCGCAGCAACAGCGGGUGGGCAAAGAACCGGUAUUAGAACGGUGGGUGGUGUAAGUGAUCCUGCGAUAGACGAGCACUUUAAGAGAUCAUUGGGCCUGGAAGAGUACGCAGCCGUUUUCAAUGCUACUACUACCGACAAGGAGGCAGGUCUCAGUGUGGACGAUCAUUUUGCAAAAGCAUUGGGUGAAACAUGGACGAGGCUGCAGGCGACCAGUCGAAGCAAGGACUCCACCUAACUGCCGGACAGUUAACAAGAGUUCCAAGGAUGUCGCCGUUAAAUACGUUGCUGUCCCCGUUUCGUCUGCGCGUGGAUCUUCAAGUCCAGUGUCGUGUUCCAGUUACUCGUCGAUCAAUAGUGAUCGUCACGAACAACAAACGUUUUCUUUUUUGGUUUUUUUUUAUUUUUUUUUUUUUAUUUGACAAUCCGAGUCGGGAAUCGACGGUCCACGUAAUGAUAGAGUACCUAAGUGUCCUUGAGUGCGCAGGAUCACAUUCGUGGAUAGCGAGGGACGAGCUCGGUGGAGGGAAGAAUUCAGAAUAGGAGAGCAACGUGCUUAUCUCUGACCUUGUGAAUCGAAUAUUGUACAUAGACGGAUAGUAUUCUUUUAUUGUACGCUAGUGAUGUGCGGCCCGACUAAUGUGUCGGGUUCCCGAGUAUUCGGAUCGCUUCGGAAAACAUCGGGCGGGCUCGGACGAGCGUCGGAUGAAGUCGGGUAGACUCGGACGAGCUCCCGCGGGCCGCGGCCUAAUUCUUACGUACUUGUUAAUAUUUGAAAUAAUCAUGUGCAAAAUCUGUUUCACGUGGAAUUUUGGAAUAAGAUAAUUUUUAUUUGGAAAAAUAAUACUUGCAACGAAUUUAUUUGGAUCAAAUAGAUUUUGAACAUUCUUAUUGCAAGCAUUAACAAGUACAUGAGAGUCGGGCCGCGGAAGCUCGUCCGAAUCUGCCCGACUUUAUCCGACCUGACCCGAAACAGUCGGGCUACCCGAGCCCGUAAUAUCGGGUACCCGCACAUCCCUACUGUACGCCAUUAUCACAGCCCUAGGGGCUAGAUAAAGUUAUUUAUUACGAAGUUCCAUACUGCCUCGCUAAAUAGUUCAUACAAAUCUGUUCGCUCUCUAACCGAGAUCGCGAACGGAGUAACGUGUACACGUAAUUAAUUAUUCAGCUAACCGUUUACGUUUCUAUACAUGUAUGUAACGAUUAUGUUGUAAUUAUAGAAAGCCGAGAGACUUUAUAAAUGACCGUAGAGAAUAAGGAACGUGGACACGCGCGUUCGCGUUGCAAAUCACACUGUAUCGAAGAGAAUGAAAGAAAAAAAAGGAGGAUACAUAAAGCGACUGAUAACAAUUUUAAA